AGGGAGAGAUUGCACUUUCUUUCAACGAACGAUCGCAGCUCGCGUAGUUCGGGUUCCGAGCGCCAGAAAAGGUUUGACCGUUGGGCUGCUAGGUUGGCUCCAGUGUCCAGUCGUGUGAUCUUCAAUUGCGAGUGUGUGCCUCUCCGUCUCCGCCUGUUUCUGCCUCCAUCAAUAUGUCCAAAGCAGAUCUUCCCGCUGUGCUGACCAAGCUGUUCAGCCACAUCGAUGCCAACAAGAGCAAGUACAUCGAUGCGCUGAGGGAAGCGGUGGCGAUAAAGUCGGUGUCCGCCUGGCCCGAAUCUCGCCCGGAAAUCUUCCGCAUGGUGGAGUGGGUCGCGGAGCGGCUGCGGAAGCUCGGCGCAACGGUGGAGCUGGCCGACGUCGGCAAACAGAAGCUGUCCGAUGGCCGUGAACUCGAUCUACCGAAGGUCAUCCUCGGCGUGCUGGGAACGGACCCGGCGAAGAAGACCGUAUGCCUGUACGGACAUCUCGAUGUGCAGCCCGCUAUUCUGGAGGAUGGUUGGGCAACGGAGCCGUUCGUGCUGACGGAGAAGGACGGCAAACUGUUCGGACGUGGGUCCAGCGACGACAAGGGACCAGUGCUGGGAUGGCUACACGCAAUCGAGGGCUUCCAGGCGAUCGGAGAGCCGCUGCCGGUGAACCUUAAGUUCGUGUUCGAGGGCAUGGAAGAGUCCGGCAGCGAAGGGCUCGAUGAUCUGCUGUACGCUCGCCAGAAGGAUUUCCUGUCCGACGUAGACUACGUGUGCAUUUCCGACAACUACUGGCUCGGUACGGACAAGCCGUGCAUUACGUACGGGCUGCGUGGUAUUUGCUACUUCGAGGUCGAGGUCAGCUGCGCACACAAGGAUCUUCACAGCGGCGUGUUCGGCGGGACCGUGUACGAAGCGAUGAACGAUCUGGUGUACCUGCUCGGCACGCUCGCCGACAGCGAGGGCCGCAUUCUGAUCCCGAAGAUCUACCAGGAGGUGGCCCCGCUGCUGCCGAACGAGCAGGCCAUCUACGAUGCGAUCCACUUCGACGUGGGCAGCUACCGGGCCGAGCUCGGGGCGCGCAAGCUGAUGCACAAGGAGGACAAAACGAAGAUCCUGAUGCACCGGUGGCGUCAGCCCAGCCUGUCCAUCCACGGUGUGGAGGGUGCAUUUUACGAACCGGGACAAAAGACGGUCAUUCCGAAGAAGGUGAUUGGCAAGUUUUCGAUCCGCAUCGUGCCAAACCAAACGCCCGAGCUGACGGAACGGUACGUGAGCGAGUAUCUGACGGCCAAGUGGGCUGAGCGUGGCUCACCGAACCAGUUCGCAGUGCGUAUGGCGCACGGGGGCAAACCGUGGACGGAAGAUCCGAACCAUCCCCACUACCAGGCGGCCCGUACCGCUACCAAGCACGUGUACAACGUCGAUCCGGACAUGACGCGCGAAGGCGGUUCGAUCCCGGUCACGCUAACGCUCCAGCAGACGACCGGCAAGAAUGUGCUGCUGCUUCCGAUGGGUGCCUCGGACGAUGGAGCACAUUCGCAGAACGAGAAGAUCGAUGUCCGCAACUACAUCGAAGGGACCAAACUACUCGGUGCAUACUUAUACGAGGUAUCCCUCAUCGGAGGAAACAAAUGAGGCGGAUCAAUGCGAAUCAGUCUGAUUAACGAGAGAGAAUAAUACAUCACCUUACUAAGACCCAUCACUCCCUGCUGCUUCGCGGCAAUGAAAUGUUACUUCCAACCUAAUACCAGUCCGCGAGAGCUUAUGGAAGAAAGCAAAUAAAAUGUUCGGCACUUUGUUUUAGUUAACAUA